GAUGAGCCAUGGCAAUGGCAGUCUGAUACCGGUGUUUUUCAUAAGUUUUUGAGGUUAACUUAGUGUUUAUCCUCGUCAAGAUGAAUAAAAUAUUGAGUUCAUCAAUUAAAAAAGUGUCAACAAAAAUUAAAUCGAAAGAAUUAAAGCCAUCGGAACUUCACAAAUCAUCCUGCAAGUUAAUCACUUCAACGAAACCUCUCAACGCAUACAUUCACACUACAGAAUGCAUUGGAAAACAACAAUCACAAGCGUCAGACACUCGACAGUAUGAAGAUAAACUAUUGGGAAAUCUCGAUGGAAUUCCCAUAGCAAUAAAGGACAAUUUCUGUGUUGAGGGUGAACCCACGACUUGUGCCUCUCUAAUGCUAGCCAAUUUCGUCCCAGGAUACUCAGCCACAGUUUAUGAACGGUUGAAGUCCAAUGGAGCUGUACUUAUGGGGAAGACAAAUCUCGAUCAGUUUGCAAUGGGUGCAGGAACAGUUGACUCCCAUUUUGGCUUUACGCGCAAUGUGUGGGGCUCAGAAAUCAUGAAAUAUUACACGUCCAAUAGCCUAGCGAGUUCAGACAUUAAGCAAAAUUGUGGGAAGGACGAUUGGUAUAUUGCAGGAGGGAGUAGUGGAGGUUCAGCCAUAGCAGUGGCCACAGGUACAUGUUUUGCCGCCCUGGGUUCAGACACGGGUGGCUCCACUCGCAAUCCAGCCUCCUACUGUGGCUUGACAGGCUUCAAGCCUAGUUAUGGCUUAGUAUCCCGUCAUGGCCUCAUCCCCCUGGUGAACUCCAUGGAUGUCCCUGGGAUUCUCACAAGAAAAGUUGAAGACUGCGUUGAAAUACUCAACUGCAUUGCAGGUCCUGAUGAGAAGGACUCAACAACUAUUGAUCAACCCUUUACCCCCAUAAAUCUGACCCCUCCCAAUCUCCAAGGCCUGCGAAUCGGUAUUCCCAUUGAGUACUCCCCUCCAGAGCUUGAGGAAGAAAUGUCGACCUGCUGGAAAAAAGUGAGUUAUUUAUUAGAGGAAGCAGGAGCCACUGUUGUUCCAGUGUCUCUUCCCCACACAGAGUAUUCAAUCGUCUGUUAUUCAGUCUUAAAUCAGUGCGAGGUUGCCAGCAACAUGGCAAGGUACGAUGGGUUAGAAUACGGUCUUAGACCUAAUGAGAUAUCAUCCACUGAACAAUUGUACGCCAAAGCGCGAAGCAUGGGCUUUAAUGACGUCGUCAGGAGCCGAAUCCUCACGGGGAAUUACUUCUUACUCUCUGAAAAUUAUGACGACUAUUUCGUCAAAGCCAUGAAACUCCGUCGAUUAAUCUCUGAGGAUUUUGACAGAGUUUGGGAGGAGAACGUCGAUGUUUUGUUGACUCCCACGACUUUGAGUGAUGCCCCCAGUUUUAAGGAGUUUACGGGUCAAGACAAUCAAACCCAAUGCUCCAUUCAAGACUUCUGUACGCAACCAGCGAACAUGGCGGGAAUUCCAGCACUUAAUUUACCCAUCACUAUAUCCUCUAGAGGUCUUCCGCUUUCUCUGCAGCUCAUGACUUCUUUUCUGAAUGAUGAGAGGUUAUUCAGGGUUGCCAAGUGGAUUGAGGAUGCUGUCCAAUUCCCGACGCUACAGCUGGCUAAUUCGGAGUUAUUGGAAUAGUCGUGUUCUUUGCCUAUUUGUGGAGUGAAGGGAGGGAGAGGGGGAAAUUAAGUGAAAAUGUAAAUUCGAAAUGGCGCUAUUCGAAGAUCAACACAGUAAUUGGUGCAUUUAUUUUCAACUGAUCUUGUUUGAUUGCUCAUUCACUGAUUGGUUUGUAAAUAAAUGUUUUUGUUAGAGCUGAGAGGCCUCAUUGAUUUAUUCGACAAAGGGAGAUUGAUGCGAAAGUAGAUUCGAGUUUCAGUCGAGAAACAUAGAACUAAGCUUUCCCUAACUCCGGACUGAAUAAAUAAUGGGUGGAAUCCGUCAAAUAGCAAUCAUGAAUUAUUUGCGUUAAUCAUUGUGGUUGCGCUGAUGAAAAUGCGUUUAUUAACUUUUCAUCGUAGUUGUACGAAUUGUAUGGAAUAUAUUCAUUCCCUGUGGCAAAUGGCGCACUCACUCUGAUUAAUUAUUUGCAGAGUGUGAUAGCUGGAUGAUAGCGUUUUGAUGAAUAAUGGCAAUUAAAGUUCAAAA